GCUUCAAUGACUGGACCAACGCAGGCGUGUCAAUACCAUUCACAAAAGCCCGGCAGCAGCGCUACUCGCCAAUCAGAGAAGCAGCUUUGCGAAAGCUUCAAAAGCUUGGUCCAACAUGAUCUGGUAACAACAAUUUCAUGACGGUCUCAACAUGGCAGAGAAAGAAGAAGGCACGCCCCGCCGGGGUCGCUCUCCCACUGGAGAUGGGGAAGGAGGAGGGGGAGGGGGGGACAAAUCAAGCAACCACGUUCAUUUCGAUGCCGCGAGCACAGCUACGGCAUCGACCACCGAGAAUGCGUCCGGGUCGACCUCUGUCAUGACUUCACCCUUGAGCAUGGACUUUAGAAAGCCCAAAGCAGACGAUCAAGAACUCCCCAAGUUCCCUCCUCUACACAACAACAAUCCUGAUCCGAAAGGCGACGGAGUAGACGACGAGGAGUCUAUCGCACAACCCUUUCAGAGGACAAGAAGUCCCGGAUCCGAUAUGAAGAGGAAUAAGGGGGCAGUUUAUGAAAAGGUUGGUGACCAAGGGGUAUGCAAGAUGCACAAGUUCUCUCUCUACGAAACGGCCACUCGAUAUUAUAUUGUUGGAGCCGAUGUCAUGGACAGGCGCUUUCGAAUUCUCAAGAUUGAUAGAACGGCAGAUGCUGGGACCCUGAGCAUUGCAGAAGACGAGAUUGUGUAUACCAGGCAAGAAAUGAUCCAGCUGCUAAAUGCCGUCGAUGAUGGGAAUAAGAGCACUGGGGGCAUGAAGUUGAGAUGUAGUACGUGGGGCUUAUUGGGAUUCAUACGCUUUACGGGCGCAUAUUACAUGCUUCUAAUCACCAAGAGGAGCCAAGUGGCGAUGAUCGGUGGCCAUUUUAUAUAUUCCAUUGAUGACACCGAGUUAGUUCCAUUGACUACAGGCUCAAGUUCGAGGUUCAAACCAGACUUGAAAAACAACGAGGAAGCACGAUUUCUGGGAAUCCUUAAUAAUCUCGAUCUGAACCGUUCCUUUUAUUUCAGUUAUUCUUACGACAUCACAAGAACUUUGCAACAUAACAUUAUGACCGAGAGGGCAGCUGUAGCCAAGGGCGAACCGUAUCCACAUCCACAAGAUUAUAAUUCCAUGUUUGUAUGGAAUAGCUAUAUGCUUCAACCUGCUGCCAAAGAACUGAAAAACACCCAUGAUUGGUGUUUGCCGAUUAUUCAUGGUUAUAUUGAUCAAUCUGGUAGGGCCAACAUAAUGAUUUCAAGGCCAUUGACUAAUUGUGACUAGCAAUUGCCGUCUAUGGACGAACCGUUUACAUUGCGGUUAUCGCCCGCCGUUCACGCUAUUUUGCAGGAGCUCGUUUCUUGAAGCGUGGUGCCAAUGAUUUGGUAUGUUGAUGUCGCCUGUGAUCAACAUCGUUUGGCUAAUUUGUUAGGGGUUCGUCGCCAAUGACGUUGAAACUGAGCAAAUAGUAUCAGAGGUUUUGACAACCUCAUUUCAUGCUCCAGGCGCCAAAUUGUUUACCAAUCCCAAUUACACCUCCUACGUGCAACAUAGAGGAAGUAUCCCUCUAUACUGGACCCAAGACAAUACCGGGGUGACGCCUAAACCGCCAAUAGAGCUGAACCUCGUAGAUCCUUUUUACAGUGCUGCGGCAUUACAUUUUGAUGACUUAUUCAAAAGAUACGGUGCCCCAAUAUAUGUGCUCAAUCUUGUCAAGUCUCGUGAAAGAACGCCCAGAGAGUCAAAAUUACUGAAGGAGUUCACGACUGCAAUAGAUUAUCUCAAUCAAUUCCUGCCAAAAGACAAGAAAAUCAUUCAUAAAGCCUGGGACAUGAGCCGGGCAUCGAAGACAAGGGACGCCGAUGUCAUUGGAACACUCGAAAGUAUUGCCGAGGAUGUCGUUACUACUACUGGCUUCUUUCAUAACGGUGAUGGCAUCACGACCAUGCCACAAGUGCAAAAUGGAAUUGCCAGAACAAAUUGCAUUGACUGCUUGGACCGUACGAAUGCUGCUCAAUUCAUCAUUGGCAAGAAAGCUUUGGGUUACCAGCUGCAUGCACUGGGCAUCAUUAAAGAUCCGGUGGUUGAUUUUGAUACCGAUGCCGUCAAUCUUUUCACUCACAUGUACCAUGACCACGGCGACACAAUCGCUAUACAAUAUGGAGGAUCGCAGCUAGUCAACACCAUGGAAACGUAUCGAAAAAUCAACCAAUGGACAAGUCACUCCCGUGACUUCGUAGAAAGUUUCAAGCGCUAUUAUCACAAUUCCUUUCUCGACGGCCAACGACAAGAAGCGUAUAACCUCUUCCUCGGAAAUUACAUCUUCACUCAAGGCCAGCCGAUGCUGUGGGAUCUUGCAACGGAUUACUAUCUUCACCACGCCAACCCACGAGGGUGGUCGGCUCGCAAGCGAAGGAGUUACAUCAACUGGUACACACCUGAAUACCUGGAGAAACGGGUCCUCCCAAAGUAUGUCGGGCCCUCUGGUCUCCAAACCAACAAGCCGAUAGGCUACUUUGACGACUACUGGCUCGAAUACUACAAGCCCCUCGCCCUAUCCUCGACCCAAAAGAUAUUUUCCUACAUGGGUCGACAAAAGUUCAACUCCACACUCCGCUACAUACCCCCCAAACCCACACAAGAAGGUCGCUACGAUCUCUCCCCCUUCAAAGUACGCACGGAACAAGACCAAGAUGUGCCGGAAAAGAAAAAGCCCCGUCCGAAAGGCGUGACAAUUCUGGAACCUAGCGAGCAGCAACCAGCAGAAGAAAAUGAUGCGGAUGAUACCGCUUCAAUACUUUCUACUGCUACGUCUACGAAGCGAAUUAGUAUCCAACGCUGGCUUCAGCCCAUUCAUGAGAAGAAUGAGCAUCACGGGAUUAUGAAGGAUACCACGGCCAGGACGCCGGAGCAAACCGAGGUGAAAUUAAAAUUGACACCGUUGGAUAAGAGCAAAGCAGCACAAUGGACCUUCACACAAGUCGUCCACGAAUCCCUAAAUCCAAGCGUGACUCUCGAAGAUACGGAAGACUACGCGCGGUACAUCGAGCACCCACAAAGACUACCUUUAGUGGUGAGUACGGAGGUGCCGCGGGAGUUUGAUGGCGAGUACGAGAAUUAUGUGCAGGGUAGUUGGAUGGACAUUGGGAUCAUUGGCGCCGGAGGGGAUUAUGAGAGUGAGGAGGAGGCGGAGAAGGAGAGAGCGGGCAAGAUGGGGAUCAAGGAGGGGGAUUUGGAGGAGUAUCGGAGUUUUUUGAGGGUUGGGGUGGAUCCUUUGACGGUGAAGGAGGAUGAUUUGGGGAAGAAGAGGUAUAAGGCUUAUCGGAAGUGGUUGAUGGGGAAGAGUCUUUUUAAGCAGCAGCCGGUUGAUUGAUUUACCUUUUUUUGGUUGGAGGUGGAGUAGAUGGGUGAUGGGUGCUUUAUUUUGGGUAGGAUUAGCAUAUUUGGUAGCGUGGAGUUGGGGUUGCUUUUUGUGAUGAUGAGUGGAAUUAAUGGGGGAAGAUGGUGGGUGUAGGAAGUAUAUAUAGAUUGAUACCACAAUUCGGAAU